GUUUUUAUUUAUUAGCUGGAUACAGAAAAAAUGAAUGGAAUGAUGAACCAUUCCCCUCUUCCCUGCAAACAUGUUGUUGAUUGAUUGAUGGAUGGAUUGAUCUUCCAAGACAUACAUCCACACAUGCAUACGUACGUACGUACAUACAGACAUACAUACAUACACACAUACAUCGGUACAUGUUCCGUACUCCGUACGUUAUGUACGUCCGAGUCAAGGGUGUGUGGCUGGUACUUUAGUUUAAUCAUCGUCAUCUUUAUCCUACGUCGAUCCUGUCUUUUAUUGAUUGAUUUUAUUUUUCUCUCCUUUGUCCCUUGCUUUCUUUUUUUUUUCUUUUUUUUUUCUCCUCUAGGAAUAGUUUUCUCUCUCAGGGAUAAACGUUGUAUGGGGUUGGGGUUUUUUGAUGGAUCGGUCGAUCUGUCUAUCUUGAUUAUCUUUACCGUUUUGAAUGGUAUUUUCUGUCGCUGGUACUGGUAGAUACGUACUUUUGAGAUUCUUUCCUACCAGGAAUAUCCAACAAACUGACUACCCCUCAUAGCAUCUAGUAGAUACUAUCUACUCCGUACUGACCGGUAUUCCAUCUACCUACUAAGAGUAAUGUACCUGUUACAUAUCUCUCUCCCUUGGAAAAAAAGGA